CUCUGUCAGAGAGCAGAUCUAAGUUUAACACAGGACAGAGACUGAGACACAAGUGGGAACAAGGGACUGUCUGGGAAGCCUUGCUUUCCUCUACUGACUGUUGUUUUUAUAUUUCUCUGGAGUUGCCAUCUUAAUUGGAUAAAAAUAUGAAUGUUCAGAAGUGUGCCAGGUGCGGGGUUGUGGUGUACCCAGCGGAGAAGAUCAAUCUUAUUGGUCAGAAUUGGCACAAAUCAUGUUUUCACUGUGAGGUCUGUAAGAUGGUUCUGACUGCCAAUAAUUUUGUCAGCCAUCAGAAAAGGCCAUACUGCCAAGUGCAUAAUCCAAAGAACAACACUUUUACAAGUGUUUAUGAGACACCAGUCAACAUCAAUGCCAAGAAGCAAUCUGCGGCAGUCAGUGAGAAUAAAUAUAGAGAAGAAGGGGAGCGUUUUAUGUCCACUUUCCACUAUGACAUGAGAUCGAAAGAAAUCGAGCAAGCUCGUAAGGCCAGCCAGCUUGCCAGUCAGCAGCAAGGUUACCAAACUGAAUUUGUGGGCCAACAGUCAUUUUACUCGGGCAGCGUUACCAGCCAGGAAAUCGUACGUGUGACCCAGGCACAGAAGACCAUUAGUGAUGUGGAAUACAAACGAGGCCAUGAAGAGCGUGUGACGCAGUUUACCUCUGUAGCAGACACACCUGAGAUGUUACAUGCCAAGACUGGAGUCUCAUUGGCCAGUGAUGUGAAAUACACAGAAGAAUAUGAGCAAUCUAAAGGAAAGGGCAGUUUUCCAGCCAUGAUCACUCCAGGAUAUGAAAUGGCAAAGAAAGCUAAUACACUGGCUAGCAAUUUGGAGUAUAAGAAAGGCCAUGAAGAACGAGUGUCAAAGUACACCACUGUGACGGAUACUCCUGACGUACUUCUAGCUAAAAAUCAAGGGAAGAUCGUCAGUGACUAUGUCUACACUGAGGGCUAUGAACAGCAGAGAGGCAAAGGCAGUUUUCCUGCCCACUUCACUCCUGGAUACCAGGUGGCCAAAAAAGCAGGCGAGAUGGCCAGCAAAGUGAAAUAUCAACAGAAAUAUGAGCAGGAGAUUAAGGGCAAGGCCAGCACUGAUGCCGGGGCUGCGGAGUUUGCUCUGGCCAAAGAGAAUGCAGAACACUUCAGUCAGCAUGCCUAUACUGAGGAAUAUGAACAGCAAAAGGGCAAGGGCAGCUUCCCUGCUAUGAUUACCCCUGGAUAUCAGAUGGCCAAGAGAGCCCAUGACAUAGCCAGUGAUCUGAAAUACAAGAAGGAUUUGAACAAGAUGAAGGGAUCUUCUGCAUACCACACUUUAAACACUGAGGACAACCUGACUCUAAAGAGUCAGCGCAAGAUCAACAAGCUUAUGAGCGAGGUUGAAUACAGAAAGGACCUUGAGAACACAAAAGGCCACAGCAUCAACUACUGUGAGACGCCACAGUUCAAGAAUGUGUCAAAGAUCGCCAAGUAUACCAGUGAUAAUAAAUACAAAGAGAAUUACACCAAUCACAUGAAGGGGCACUAUGAAGGGGGUGGCAUCGACAAGAAGACCAUGCAUGCCAUGAACGUCAGAAAGCUUGCCAGUGAUAUUUCCUACAAAUCAGAAUAUGAGCAGGAGAAGAAUGUGCAGGGUGAGUACAACUAUCCAGCCACCAUCACCCCGUCCUAUCAGUCACAGAAAAAACUGGAGCCGCUCAAAGAUAAAAACUACAGACAACAUAUCGACAAGCUGAAAUUCAGCCAGGUUACGGACACUCCUGAAAUUGUGCAAGCCAGAAUCAAUGCUCAUCAGCUUAGUGAUCUGAACUACAAAGCCAACUAUGAGAAGACAAAGACACAGUAUACAUUAUCUCAAGAUACACCAGAACUUAAGAAGGCCAGAGUCAAUGCAGAACUCGUCAGUGAUAUCAAAUACAAAGAAAACUGGGAGAAGAACAAAUCUAAAGCAUGUGAUAUCGGCCUGGAUACACUGACACUCAAAGCUGCCAAAGCCUCUCGAGACCUGGCUAGUGAUAUCAAGUAUAAGGAGGCAUAUACAAAGAACAAGGACAAAGCCAUUGGAAUGGAUGUGAGUGACUCUAAAACACUGCACUCCCUUCAGGUGGCCAAGCUUAGCAGUGAGGUCGCUUAUAAAAAGGGUUCUAAGGAGACUCAAUCCAAUUUCCACCUUCCUCUGGACAUGGUGAAUCUGAGUCAUGCUAAAAAGGCUCAGGCCCUGGCAAGUGAUUUGGACUACAGGAAGAAGUUACACGAUUAUACCGUACUGCCUGAUGACAUGAAAGUGCAGCAAGCUAAGAAAGCUUACCAACUGCAGAGUGAUAACCAGUACCGAUCAGACCUGACCUGGAUGAAAGGAGUCGGAUGGGAGGCUGAUGGCUGCCUGGAUGUAGAACAAGCCAAGAAGGCAGGAGAACUACUCAGUGAGAAAAAGUAUCGCCAGAAGGUGGACCUGGUGAAAUUCACACAAGUGGCAGACACUCCUUCCAUCAUACAUGCCAAGAAGAGCCAGGAACUACAGAGUGGCCUGGCGUACAAGGCAGGCACUGAGCAGACAAUGCACCAGUACACUAUGAGUAAAGAUGAGCCUCUCUUCAAGCAAGCCAAAGCUAAUGCAGAGCUUCUCAGUGGGGUGAAGUACAAGCAAGAAUAUGAGAUGACAAAAGGGAAGAUGAUUGGUGUGAAGACUGUGUCAGGUGAUUCUCAGAUGGCCCAUUCGGCCCAGGCCACCAAACUCCAGAGUGACCUCAACUACAAGAAAGAGUAUGAAGACAACAAGACCAAAUACAGUUCCUCACUCGAUAUGAUGACCCUCACCCAUGCCAAGAAAGCCCAGGAACUGGCCACUGAACAAAACUACAAAACCUUCCUACACAAAUACACCAUCCUGCCCAGUGAUAUGAAACUGGAAUGGGCCAAGAAAGCCUACGGCCUACAGAGUGAUAAAAAGUAUCGCUCUGACCUGAACUGGAUGAAAGGGGUGGGAUGGGAGACCACUGGAUCACUUGAUAUACAACAGGCCAGAAAAGCUACAGAUUUAGCCAGCGAGAAAAAGUACAGACAGAAUGUGAGUGCUCUGAAGUUCACCAGCGUGGAGGACACCCCAGAGAUGGUCCAGGCCAAAAUCAGCACCAAACUGGUUCUUGAUAGAUUGUACAGAGAGAAAGGAGAGAACGAAAUGCACAAGUACACACUGAUUGGAGAUAUUCCAGAGCAUGUGCAGGCCAAGAUCAAUGCCAUGAACAUCAGUGAUUCACGUUACAAAGAGUCCUGGACAAAGAUCAAAGAUGGUGGCUACAAGUUGCGCUUGGAUGCUAUUCCAUUCCAAGCAGCCAAAUCAUCUACAGAGAUCCUCAGUGAUCAAAAGUACAAGGCGCAGUUUGAGAAGACAAAAGGGAAGAUGAUUGGGCUAAAGGGACUACAGGAUGACAUAAACAUGGCUCACUCUGUGCAUGCCACAAAUAUACAAAGCGAUCUCAAAUACAAAAAGGACUCUUCUAAGGUGCAUUCUCAGUUCCAUCUACCAAUGGAUAUGUUGGACGUGCUCCAUGCUAAGAAGGCUCAGUCUCUGAUCAGUGAUCAGGACUACAGACUUACAUUACACAAGUACACAACACUGCCCGAUGACCUCAAAGUUCAGGCUGCCAAGAGAGCAUACGAACUGCAGAGUGAGAAAAUCUACCGCUCUGAUCUGAACUACCUUCGUGGUGCGGCCUGGAUUGCCACCGGUGCCUUACAGAUUGAGGGAUCCAAACGGGCCACAGAUCUAAUCAGUGAGAAAAAGUAUCGCCAGCAACCCUACUCUUUCAAACACACAUCUGUCACGGAUUCUCCGGAUAUUGUGCAUGCUAAGGCCAGUAGUAAGAUCACUAAUGAGCGCUUGUACAAAGAAAAGGGAGAGAACCUCAGGCACAACUACACCAUUACUGCUGAGAGACCUGAAAUCACCCAGGCCAAGAUUAACGCUGCUAACUUCAGUGAUGUUAAGUACAAGGAGUCAUGGCAUGUGCUAAGAGCUCAGGGUUAUAAACUCACCAUGAAGGAUAUCCCCUUCCAGGCUGCAAAAGCCUCCACCAGCAUUGCUAGUGAUGUUCAGUAUAAGCACAACCAUGUAUUGGAGAAAGGCAAGCACAUUGGAGCUCGUAGCGUUCUGGAGGACUCGCACCUAAUGCACUGCAUGGAGAUGGGUCGUCUGCACAGUGACCAGCAUUAUCGCAAAGACGCUCUGUCCACCAGCGGCCAGUAUCAGCUGCCUCUAGAUAUGGUGAACUUGGUUCAAGCCAAGAAAGCCCAGGCCUUAGCCAGCGACCAGGAUUAUAAGACUCAUUUCCACUCUUACACAGUCCUACCUGAUGAUAUAAAGGUGCAGUGGGCCAAAAAGGCAUAUGACCUGCAGAGCCAGAAUGUAUACAAAUCAGAUCUGAACUUCAUGAAGGGAGUGGCCUGGGAUUCAGUAGGUGCACCCCAGAUGGAGUCUGCAAAGAAAGCUGGAGAGCUCAUUAGUGAUAAGAAGUACCGUCAACAUCCUGACAGUCUGAAGUUCACUCAAAUUGCUGAUUCACCAGAUAUCAUCCAUGCAAAGAACAGCUACAUGCAGUGUAGUGAGAGGAUGUACAAGUCUGGAGACUCUGACUCUAUGCACAAAUACACAUUACCCCCUGAUCAUCCUGACUUCAUCCGAGCAAAGAUCAAUGCUCAGCAAAUUAGUGAUAAAGUGUAUAAAACAUCAGGUGAGAAGGUGAAGUCUGCAGGUUACGACCUCAGGUUAGACGCCAUUCCCUUCCAGACAGCCAAGGCCUCUAGAGAAAUUGCGAGUGAUUUCCGCUAUAAGGAGGCAUUUGUCAAAGAGAAGGGCCAUCAGGUGGGCCUCCUCAGCGUUGAGGAUGACCCCAAGAUGAAACACUCAUUGGCUGUAGGGAAGCUCCAGAGCAACAACGUGUACAAGAAGCAGUCCCAGGAGACACGCUCUCAGUUUAAGAUCCAUGCCGACCAGCCUGAUUUCCAGCAUGCUAAGAAGAGCCAGGCUCAGCUCAGCAACGUCAACUAUCGCCAGCAUCUCCAUGACUACACCUGUGAUCCUAACCAGCUCAAUGUCAAACACGCUAAAAAAGCCUACCAGCUGCAGAGCGAUGUCAACUACAAAUCAGAUCUGAACUGGAUUAAAGGUGUGGGCUGGACCCCACCAGGCUCUCUUAAGGUAGAAAUGGCCCGCCGUGCAGCAGAACUAGGCCUUGCUGAAGGAGUAACCACUGAUGAGGCUAUCGCCCAGUAUCAGCACCUAAUGAUGCUCCAGAGACAGCAGGAGUUCCAGGAGCAACAGCAAUCCACCGCAGAGCAGACGGAGACCACAAAGGAGUUGCAGCAGCCAGGAGUCAAUCCUGAUGCUAUGGAGAUCCUCCACGUCAAGAGGAAGAAGACUAUUCACACCACAUUCAAGCAGGCCAAGACCACAAAAUCCAUCACGUCACAGUCUGUUACUUCCCAUUCAACCACGAAUCAGUCUAUCACCAACCAGUCCACCAAGAAACAAUCCAUUAUGAGCCAGUCUCAUGCUGAUGAAUCCACCGCAAGACAGAUGAGUGAAAACCGGGCCAUCACAGAUCAGGCUGCUGCAAAGUCAGGAACAAUGUAAUCUGUCAUUUUUGUCUUCCUUUUGUUUUUUUAAAUUUAAUUUAUGAGCAUCAUGUAGAUCCUGGUGUUCUCUGAUUCUAUUUUUAAUUGAUCCAUGAGUGAGGGAUAUUUAUAUGAAAGCUAUAAGAGAAAAGUGAUCUUGAAGAUGGUUAAAGUAAGUCCAGACUGUAAAAGAUGAAAAUCAUGGUUGGUUUUCUUUUUAAUGAAGGUGAUUGUAGUUAUUAUUGUUAAGAAGAAAUAUCAAACAAAGCUGCAAGUAUGGACAAUGUAUGUAAGAAUAAGGGUAAGGGUGAGCGUGAUUUUAGAGAAGUGUUCUCGCACUGUUUAAGAGUAAGACCCAUGUUCUUCUGGUGGAUUUGACAGUUGUCUCUGGUGGUUCUGAAAUGGAUAUGUUAUUUGAGUUAUUGGAUAUAUUGUAUGUCUAUCCAGCUGCGCUUUAUGAGAAAGCACCGCAACUCUGCUAGCAGAGUUAAAAUAGCUGAACUUCAAGUGUGAAUUAUGACACAUGAUAAUAAUAAAAGUUUUGUUUUCAAAUGUCCUUCAUAAAA